CUCAGGAAAAUUUUCUAUCACUUCCUAAAUUACUCACAAAUAGAAAAUUUUCCACUUCAUCAUUUUUAUGCAAUCACUACUUACAAGAAUCCCACACUUUCCCAUUUGUUCCUUUCCAUUUCGGUGAUCACACCUAUCUACCAUUCACCUAUAUAACAUAUCAACACGUAAGUCGUAACAACACAUAUAAACCUUCAUUUCCAACAUCAAUUAUUUUAUUUAAUUUCCCCACACCCCAUUUGAGUAUUUUUGAGGAAAUGGAGUAUUCCAAUGGCAAUGGCAAUCAUGGGUCAUUGAACCUUUGCAAUGGUGGUGGGAAAAGCAAUACUCACCAUCAUCAUCAUGAUGAUCCUUUGAACUGGGGUGCGGCUGCGGAGGCUUUGAGAGGCAGCCACCUUGAUGAGGUGAAGCGGAUGGUGGAGGAGUACCGGAAACCAUUGGUGAUGUUGGGCGGCAAGACGCUCACCAUACCUCAGGUGGCCGCCGUGGCCACCCGCUCGAGUGACGUGGUGGUGGAGCUGGCUGAGGAGACUCAGGCCGCCGUCAAGGCUAGCAGUGACUGGGUCAUGGAUGGCAUGAACAAAGGCACCGAUAGCUAUGGAGUUACCACGGGGUUCGGUGCAACCUCUCAUAGGAGAACCAAACAGGGUGUUGCUCUCCAAAACGAACUAAUUAGGUUUUUGAAUUCUGGCAUAUUUGGCAAUGGCACAGAAUCAAGCCACACAUUGCCACACUCAGCCACAAGAGCAGCCAUGCUGGUUAGAAUCAACACCUUGCUUCAAGGAUAUUCAGGAAUCAGAUUUGAGCUCAUGGAGACAAUGGCCAAGUUUCUAAACCAAAACAUAACCCCAUGCCUCCCUCUAAGAGGCACAAUCACUGCAUCAGGUGACCUGGUUCCUCUGUCCUAUGUUGCUGGUCUUUUGAUUGGGAGGCCAAACUCAAAAUCCAUUGGACCUGAUGGACAAGUUCUAACUGCUAAAGAGGCAUUUCAACUAGCUGGGAUUGAAGGUGGUUUCUUUGAGUUACAACCUAAAGAGGGUUUGGCACUAGUGAAUGGAACUGCAGUAGGAUCUGGUUUAGCUUCCUUAGUUCUUUUUGAAGCAAACACACUUGCUGUGCUCUCAGAAGUUAUAUCAGCAAUUUUUGCUGAAGUUAUGCUUGGGAAACCAGAGUUCACAGACCACUUGACUCAUAAAUUGAAGCACCACCCUGGCCAGAUUGAAGCUGCAGCUAUAAUGGAGCAUAUUCUAGAGGGAAGUUCAUUUAUUAAGGCUGCACAGAAGGUGCAUGAGAUGGAUCCACUUCAGAAGCCUAAACAAGAUAAUUAUGCUCUCAGAACAUCUCCUCAGUGGCUUGGACCCCAGAUUGAGGUAAUCAGGCAUGCAAGCAAGAUGAUCGAGAGGGAGAUAAACUCGGUGAACGACAACCCUCUCAUUGAUGUUUCAAGGAACAAGGCACUUCAUGGAGGGAAUUUCCAGGGCACCCCAAUUGGUGUUUCCAUGGAUAACACUCGUCUCGCCAUUGCUGCAAUUGGGAAACUCAUGUUUGCUCAGUUCACCGAGCUCGUGAACGACUUUUCCAACAACGGUUUGCCUUCAAAUUUAACCGCGAGCCGCAACCCGAGCUUGGAUUACGGCUUCAAAGGGGCGGAAAUUGCAAUGGCAUCCUACUGCUCAGAGCUUCAAUACCUUGCUAACCCUGUCACCAACCAUGUCCAGAGUGCUGAGCAGCAUAACCAGGAUGUGAACUCUUUAGGCCUGAUUUCCUCAAGAAAGACGGCUGAAGCGGUCGACAUAUUGAAGCUCAUGUCCUCCACUUUCUUAGUUGCAUUGUGCCAAGCCAUUGAUUUGAGGCAUUUGGAGGAAAACUUGAGGAGCACUGUGAAGAACACUGUGAGCCAAGUGGCAAAGAGAGUUCUAACAGUUGGUCUCAAUGGUGAGUUGCAUCCAUCCAGGUUCUGUGAAAAGGACUUGCUCAAAGUUGUCGACCGCGAGCAUGUCUUCGCUUAUGUUGAUGACCCCUGCAGUGCAACCUACCCUCUAAUGCAGAAGUUGAGACAUGUCCUGGUUGAUCAUGCACUGCAAAAUGGUGACAAGGAGGCAAAUUCAAGCACCUCAAUUUUCCAAAAGAUUGGAGCUUUUGAGGAAGAGCUCAAGGCCCUUCUGCCCAAAGAGGUUGAAAGUGCAAGGAUUGAAGUUGAGAAUGGAACUCCUGCUUUUCCUAACAGAGUUAAGGAAUGCAGGUCUUAUCCAUUAUACAAGUUUGUGAGGGAAAGUUUGGGGACAGCUUUGCUGACAGGUGAGAAAGUGAGGUCACCUGGUGAGGAAUGUGACAAGGUGUUCUCUGCUUUGUGUGAUGGAAGGUUUAUUGACCCAAUGAUGGACUGUCUUAAGGAGUGGAAUGGUGCUCCUCUACCCAUAUGCUAAGAUGGUGCUCCCCUAUGGAAGUUCUUUUUUUUUCUCCUUUUCUUGUAAUGUUUUUAAAAUGUUGCUGGACAUGUAUUUUACACUGUGAUAUCAAACUAUGUGUAUGUUUUUUAUCUACAA